AGUCCCAACGGUGCGCACGCUCGCUCAACACACCUCCCACAUCACACGGGCAUCUUCUCACGAUAAAAAAGUGCUUGGCUCCACCUCGUGGGACUGAACGCAGGGUGAAGCCGACGCUUCCCCACACGCACGACGGCGUUCCCAACCGGACUAAAUACGGGUAUUAAAUGGGGCAAAUUACAGGAUCGUCUGCCGAGCAGGAAACACUGUUGCAUUUCCAUUUCAAAGAAAGAAAGAAGAGCAAUAACUACAUGCAGAAGAAAUAUACAUCCAAAAAGAAAUAUAUUUAUAAACUAAAUUUUAACAGAUUUAGAGGCAACUGUUGUAAUUUUACAGAGACAGCUAUCCAAUAAUAAUAUAGGGCCAUUUAGCAUGAAUUCUUUAACGUUUUUGAUACUUUAAAGUUUAAAAUACAAGUAUUAAAUAGAGCUGCCUGCUACAACAUUAAAGCACUACGUACAUGUUAAUGUACAAGCUUUAAUAAUCAAAUAAUAUCUAUAUUUCUAAUACUUAAGAACAUUAUACAUCAACUUCAAUUGAGUAUUUUAAUUGAAUAUAUUUUCAAAGGAAAUAGUUUAAUUAUUACUUAAAUGUAUUUGAAAACUCAAGAAAUGAGUUUCUUGGUAGGAAGUGUAAUUCUUACAUGUGAUUAUUGUCAUUUGAGAACAGCACCCUCAACAUAAUGUACACAUGAAUUAAUAAAUAAAUAUAAUUCAGUAGUAAUAUGUACACACAUAGUGUAAUGGGCCCUAAGUCCAUCUUUAAUGUUAAUACUUUAGUCGGUUAGAUUUACUUUUGACAAACUGCAGGUGCAACUCCCCGCAGGACCGCAGGGGGGCGCGCAGAGGCCGCCCGGCUGACCGUGACGUCACCGAGGCUCGUUGGGUGCCGCUGUGAGCUCGCGUGUCUCCCCGGAGCUCCUCAGUGCUGCUGGAGGAGAGCAGGAGCGGCUGUGACCGGCGGGACGAAACGCAAUCUGUGGACCAUGGACGCGUUUACCGCUUGUGGAUCAUGUUUUCGCUGCACAUUGGAAAAAUAAGCGCCGUCUGAUCCCUUUCGGCCCUCCGAGAACGAGGACCAAAUGCCACUCCACUGAGAAAAAAGAAAAAAGAAAAAGAGGAUUAAAGCAGGAAUCCGUCACCUCCCCCCCCCCCCCCAAGUAGGUGCGAAUUGCCGGCUGCCAUCAUGGGGAACCAGCUGACCGAUAUUGCUCCCAACACGUCCUUUCUGCCAAACUUCCAGUCCCUGCACGUGGUGGUCAUCGGGCUGGACUCGGCCGGCAAAACCUCCCUGCUCUACCGGCUCAAGCUGAAGGAGUUUGUGAAGACCAUCCCCACCAAGGGCUUCAACACGGAGAAGAUCAAGGUGGCCGUCGGGGCCUCCAGGACCAUCAACUUCCAGGUGUGGGACGUGGGCGGCCAGGAGAAGCUGCGCCCCCUGUGGAAGUCCUACACCCGGCGGACGGACGGGAUGGUGUUCGUGGUGGACUCCACCGAGCCGGAGCGGAUGGAGGAGGCCAAGGUGGAGCUCCACAAGAUCACGCGCACCUCGGAGAACCAGGGGGUUCCCGUGCUCAUCCUGGCCAACAAGCAGGACCAGGCGUCGGCCUCGCCCGCGGGCGAGAUGGAGAAGCUGCUCGCCGUCCACGAACUGAGCGCCCACACGCUGCACCACGUGCAGGGCUGCAGCGCCGUGGACGGCCGCGGGCUGCAGCCGGGCCUGGAGAGACUCUACGAGAUGAUACUCAAGAGGAAGAAGAUGGUGAAGCACAACAAGAACAGAAAGAGAUGAACUCCUGGCUCCCGCCGUGAAGACUUGAUCCACCGCCGAGGCGCUGUCGAGCCUAAUGGCCCCUUUUUUUUCCCCCCAACGGGAGACGCAGCAACAAUUACACGUGACCGCAGGGUCAGGAGAAAUGGAUUUGCUCAUAAUAAUUGCUAAUAAUUAUUGGCAUAUUCUUCGUCCUGCAGCUGCCCAACAUUUUAUGAUUUUAAAAAGGGAAUCUUGAGUAUUUAGUCUUCACUAAGUGCUUUUUUUACACCUGUUUUAAGGAAUUAUAGCGAGAUUUCUUUUCUGUUAUCAGUAGGACUAAUAUUGAGCUCAUGUUUCAGGUCCCUAUAAUAUAUAAAACGUCCUUUUAAUCCUUCACAAGCUUGCACGGAUUCUUUCCCACUAAAUUGCUGUUUUUCGUUCCACAGAUGCUUCCCUGAAAUAUUUAUUCCACGUUUGUUGUGCUCGCGUCGGACGGAGGGACAUUUAGUUGAUGAUGUGAAAUGAACGAGAGCUCGGUGGUGAUGAAGAUCUGAAAAUGUCCUUGCCAUGGAACUGUAAUCCCAAGUGCAUUCCUUAUGUGGCCACAGAAGUUAAGUUUCAGUUUCUAUGAUAAUAAUGUUUAUACAAAUUGUACAUUUUUGUAACACUAAAGACUUAAUAAAUCUACACACGGUACAGAA